AUGCCUGCCUUUGUGGUCGAGCACCUGGAUCCAGAGCUGGGCCCCUGGUCCACCCUUGAAUACGCCUGCAUCGCUCGUGAAUCCCAUGCCAAUGGCGCUCGCUUCUUGCUCAGUUCGGUGCCCGCCGAGCUGCAGAUGCCCGCCGAGCUGGCGGCCACCCAAGGACUAGAGGUCGAGCAGCGCAGCGUCGAGAACAUCUUCGCCAAGGACAAGGUCUGUCUGCUCGAUCCAUCUGCUCAGGUCGAAUUAAGCCCCGAGGAUGGCGACCAUUUCGAGGUCUUCCUGUUCGGUGGCAUUCUGGGCGAUGAUCCGCCUCGAGAUCGUACCUCUGAAUUGAGGAAAAAGGGCUAUGUCGGCCGCCGCCUGGGGCCUAAACAGAUGACCACCGACACGGCAGUCCGAGUCACCCGCAUGGUCGUCCAGGAGAAAGUGCCGCUGGAGCAGAUUCCCUAUGUCGACUAUCCCGAGCUGCACAUCAACGAGCACGAGCGGACGGAGAUGCCCUUCCGCUAUGUGGUAGAUGCCCAAGGCCAGCCGAUCAUGCCGGAUGGCAUGGUGGAUCUGAUCAAGAAGGACGCCGACAAGGGCGUUGGGGAUUUGUUCUGA